AUGAGUUCCGGUGAGUUGGGUUGCAUCUACGCCACCUUGAUUCUCCACGACGAUGGAAUCCCAAUCACCGCGGAGAAGAUCAGCACAAUCUUGAAGGCUGCCGAUGUCACCGUUGAAUCCUACUGGCCAAGCCUAUUCGCUAAGCUUGCUCAGAGCAAGAACGUUGACGAUCUUGUUUUGAACGCUGGCGUAGCGGGUGGAGCCGCCGUUGUUUCAUCCGGUGGAGCAGCACCCGCCGCUAGUGGAGCUGCAGCAGCAGAGGCACCUGUUGAGGCCAAGAAGGAAGAGGCCAAGGAAGAAAGCGACGAUGACAUGGGCUUUAGUUUGUUUGAUUAG